AGUUGUUAAAAUAUUGAAAAUGUCAAAUUAUUGUAAAAUUUACGUGUCAUGCCAAACAAUGUUUGCAUUUGUGGUAAAGCUCAUAGAAACAAACCUAUCGUCAUCACUGUCACUGCCUGCAAGAACCGACAUGUUACUAAACUCGCCCCUGCAAUUUUAUCAACAAUAAGCACCGAGCAAGAAUUGACAUACGAUAAACGACUGAAAACGAUACCUAUUUCAACCCCAAAACUGUCAGAACACUCUAGAAGUAAAAUUUCGGCCCAUAUUUUGACUAGUGGUAAAAUUUUAGAGACAACAAGCACUGAAGUUGAAACGGUAAUUUUAUCAACAAUUAGCAGCCAGCAAGAACUACCGUGCGAUAAAUGUCUAAAAGUGACACCAAUUUCAAGUCCAAAACUUCCAGAACCCUCUAAAAGCAAAAUUUCGUCCCAUACUUCGCCUAGUGAAAAGAUUUUCGAUAUUACAAGUACUGAUAUUGUUUCAGGUGAAUCCACAACAAAGAACGAAUCUACAAAUGUUUCAAUUUCAAAAGAAAAAUGUAAAGACGCUUCAGUUAACGCUCCUUCGACUGCUUUGUUGCAGCUUCCCCUAUUGAGCCCAAGAUAUCACGGUCAAGGUUGUGCUUUAGAAGUUUGUGUUUUAGAAAAACAUGACUCUCAUUGCGAAUAUAAGAAACUGGAGAACGAAAGUCGCAAUUUAAUAGACGAUAGAGUGGGAAGUUAUGAGGUUAUUGGUAGAAUCAAAUACAAGACAUGUACAAAAGACGAGAAAGAUUCAUCUAGAAAAAAUUGUAACUGUUGUCCAACUGAUGACAUUCCGCCAGAAUGUCUUGGUUUGCCAAAAAAUGAUCAAACAGUCAUGUUUGCUUUUUCUAAUAAUGUGCAUAGCUCUAAUUUCAAUUUGGCUGAAUACAAACAGAUGCAAUCGAAAAUUUCUGAAAAAUAUAUAUCAGAUACUACAAGCAAAUCUAGUAGUUUUUUAAAGUACUCUAAGAAGAAUAAUUCCAAAGAAAAUAAACGCCCAGCAACUUGUCAACUUAAAAAAAGGCCCAAGCAUACAGAAGUGAAUAAUUUUUGUGGAGAUUCUGAAGUGGAACAGUUGUAUUUUCACGGAAAAUGUUGCAACAAAUGUGUACAAAAUGAUCGAAGUCUUAAUCGCAAGUGGUACCGUUCUUUAUUCUCUUAUAUUCGUAGAAUCUGUAAAAAAAGUCCAAAGUCCAAAUCUGAAAAUAAAUUUAAAAAAGUCUCUCAUUUGAAAUAA